UACACCGACUGUGCCCUUCGAAAAAAACACAAAUUGUCUAAUUCAAAGAAGAAAACGGACUAGGAGGAUUUAAAACUGCCCAAAGAUUUGUGAGAAACACCGGAGAGAUUUGCCUCGUUAAAAGUUGACCAUCAUUGGAGUGUCUUUUAACAGAGGUGUUGCAGCUAACGUUAGCUGUAGGCGCUCAGACUAGCGAGAAGAAACAAAAGACGGAACACGUCGCCGCUCUACUCUCUCCCUUUCCUCGCCCCCAACUUGGGUCCCAAGUACCGAACACAUCCGCUGAGAUGCAGCUGCCAGUCACCUGGAGUUAAAUGGUAGUUCAUGAGAGGAGAGUGCAAGUUUGGCCAAGGACGAGGAGAAAGAAGAAGAAGACGGUUUCCCGGAGCGGAAGGACAGAACGGGGAGAGGACAUGUCUUUUUGGGCGAUACUACCUGUCAGUCUACCUGCCUUGACCAUCACUGGCAUUUGGGUUGUGUACGCCAUGGCCCUGUACAACCAGCACGUCUGCCCUGUGGAUAACUGGCUGUAUAACCAGUCGUGUGAGGAGGAGCUUUAUCUACAGAGUGGACCAACUUUGUGCUGUACUCUGGACAAUGUUCCUCUCAUCAGUAAAUGUGGGACACUUCCUCCAGAAAGCUGCUUCUUCAGCCUCAUCUGCAGCACUGGAUCCUUCAUGGUGAUGGUGAUAGUCCUCCUGCGUUAUGCCCAUGUGAUAGAGAAGCAUCAGAACUGUGUGUUGAACACAGCGGGCCUGUCCACUGGCUGGAUCUGUGCUGCAGGACUCAUCAUGGUCGGCAACUUCCAGGUGGACAAUGCUAAGAUCCUCCACUAUGUGGGGGCAGGGGUAGCAUUCCCCACAAGUAUGCUGUUUGUGUGUCUGCAGUCGGCUCUAACCUACAGGCUGGCCAAGACUCAGGGAGAAUACAGCCUGGCUCACCUACGACUGGGCAUGACACUACUGGCCUUCAUCACGCUGGUGCUUAGUGGCGUGUUCUUUGUCCAGGAGAGCUUCAUCCUGCAGCACGCAUCGGCCAUCUUUGAGUGGGUGUUCUGCGUCAUCAUCAUGCUCUUCUACGGAACCUUUGCCUUCGAGUUCGCCGGUGUCACAGGAGAUACUGUGAUGGUGCUCGCCAGAGGGGGAGCCCUGGGGCCGAACGGGAGAGACCACAAAGUAGAGUCCCUAGGAGGUCCCAUUCCACACCCCCCUGAGAGCAUGUCAAUGCUGUAGUCCCUGGGAGAGAGGCCAGAAAGCUGGCCUGUGCCAUUAUCAAUCUGGGGGAGGUGGAGGGACUUUUGAGUAUCCAUCGCUAAGACACCAAAACACCCCCAUUCCAGGGUGGGAAGUGGACUAUGCCAUUGCCACAUAUAAGCUCAGCGUUGGUGGAGUGGACUCUACCAUUUCCACCAGGCCCGGGGGUGUGGACACCAUGGGGGAGAUGUGGGUUCGUACUGUUCCCAUGUCCCCAGCCCUGUCCCAGCCUCCAAAGACCCUGCUUGUGUUUGCACAUAACUAAUGAACUAAAUCUUAUUUUCCUUUUCCUUCAUCCCCUGUUUUCCGGCCAAAGGAGCCCCAUCACUCAUUACAGGAAGUGAUCCUGGGGCCGCUGAGUCUGAGCCUGCUGCUGUCUGAUGACAUCACUGUCAUCUCGACGCAGGUUAAGGGAGGAGGGCAUGCAACCAGAUGGCUAUAUAAAAAUUAAAGAAAGCGAGAGGUUGAGAGAAAAAUAGAGGAACGCAUUAGAGAAUAGAGAGAGACUGCCUGCAUUGGAGAGCUAGGCCUGUGCAACGUAGAGCCUAAUCCAAUAAUCAAACGCUCUUGAAUUGGCCAAAUACAAAUUUAUUUUCAGAGACUGUUAGCGAGCAGACGUUGAUGUUUCCCUCAGUGCUAGAGUCCAAACAAGACAACGACCUGCCAUCAUUUGUCCUUUAAAACACACAACAACAAUACCAUGAGAGUUGGGCCUCAUCGCACAGCUCCCAAUAUGCCACAUGGAAUAUUUUGAAUAUUUUGAAUAUUUCAAAUGGUUGAAAUGACUCCCCUCACAUGUAGCGAAAGACUGAGGACUCACUACCAUGAAUGUGUUGAUGACAUGGAUGCUUCACUGAUGAACAGUAUACUGGUCAUUGAACCUUGGUUUUAAACCGGGGAAUAACUGGAUACCAGAGUUACCUUAUUUUUCUACUGAAGCUACUUAAACAUUGUGCCUUAUAAAGCUGUACAUUGGAAUGCAGACUUUUGCAGACUGUAAAAAUAUGUAUUUUUCCUUAUGAUUAUUAGAGACACUUGAGUAUAUAAAAAGCCAAACCUCCAAUAGUAUGUUAUACAUAAUAUCCAAAACACUUGUAUUAUCUACAUGUUGACUGUACUGUUCAGCCAAAAUGUAUGGAUGUUGAGAGUGGAGAAGAGGACUGGAAGAACCCACCUGUAAAUCAGCUAAUACAAGCCAGAGCUCUGUCUGGGCUGAUCAAGAUAAAUCACAGGAAUCAGAAAAGUUUCAGAGCCUGAAAAACAGAGGACCAGAAUCGAGAAUCUACAGUGUCUUCGAAAAGUAUUCAGACCCCUUGACUUUUUUUUAGGUUACAGCCUUAUUCUAAAAUUGAUUUAAUAGU